AAAAAAAAAAAAAAAUUUUUUUCUUAUUAAAAUGUUACGACUCAAUAAAGAUGUAUUAAUAUUAAUUCUUGAAGAAUUAAAAGAAGAUGGAAAUUCACUUUAUUCUUGUCUUUUGGUUAAUAAAACUUUAUGCGAUAUCGCCGUUCUAAUUUUAUGGAAGAAUCCUUGGAAAUACGUAAAAAAAGACCAACCAUUAUUUAAUGUGAUCGUUUCACAUUUAUCAGAUAAAUCAAAAAUGGAAUUAUAUAAUAAUGGAAUUGAUUUAUUCACGAAUUCAUGUGAGAGACUUACGUAUAAUUAUAUUAGUUUUUGUAGAAAUUUAUGCUUAAACGGGUUAAGUCAAAUAAUUUAUACUAGUCAUAUUGCUGAACCUUUUAAGCGUAUGAUUGUAAAAGAUGAAUUAUUGAAAUUAUUUAUUAAUAAUAACACAAAAUUUACGAGUCUUUCAUUACCGGAUCAAUUAGGAGAUAAAAUACAUCGUAUCACGGGCGCCGAACAAUGUUUUUCAGAACUUGAAUAUCUUUAUUGUAGUACUAAUACAAGUCAGGAGAUAUUGGAAGGAUUUUCUACGAUAAGUAGGUCCAUCAAAAAAUUGGAAUUCGAUGUUUCACAGAUACAUUAUAAUGCUGGAAUUAUUAAAUUAAUUGAAUCUCAGAGAAAUUUAAAUUAUUUAAGUGGUAAUCUAGGAAAAAAGGACGUUUCUUUUUGUAAGGUUUUGGAAGAUACUUUAAUUAAGCAUGCAAAUAAUAUUCAAUAUUUAAAAAUUAGUUGGGAACCCGUUACAAAAAUUCUUUCAUAUCUUGGGAAUUUAAAAAGUUUAGAAAUUAAUUCACGUCACAUCACAAAUUGGGAUCAUUUAGUGAACGCUUCUACACCAAAUUUAAAAAUUUUAAGAACUCAAAAUAUUCCGUCUAAAAUUUUGGCAAAUUUUAUUAAAAAUACAAAAGGUCAUCUUACGGAAAUAUCGAUUCAAUUUCCAAUGUACGAUAGAGAGGAUAAAUAUCCUGGGGAGAAUAAUAAUUCUUUAAUUCGUUCUAUUUAUGAAAAUUGUUUAAAACUUCAAUAUCUUAAAUUAUCAAUUAAUAAUGAUGAUAUUGCGGAAUUUGAAAAAUUAUUUAUUAAUUGUCAACAUUUAGAUGGUUUGAUUUUAAAUAAUUCUACAAGAGAAAAUUUUAAUUGGGUGGAUUUAUUUAAUUCGUUAACGAGAUCUGCGCCCGCUAGUUUAUAUAAAUUCAAAUUUAUUUUUAAUGGCGAUAUUCUUUUAAGUACUUUUAGUUCAUUUUUCGAUAAUUGGAAGAGAAAUCGAAAGGAUAGUAAACCAAUUUUAUUAAAAAUAUUUUAUAGAAUGGAUUUCACUCAAAAUCAUAAAGUAUUAUUUAAUGAAUAUAAAAAUGAGGGAAUAAUUAAAACGUUUAGUUAUGAUCCUGCAGAAUUUGGAUUUGAUGAAUUUGAGUGGACUUAAGAUAUGUUGUAUGAUAUGUGUAUUUUAUUAUUAUGUAUUUAUUAUAUCCUUUUUAUACUAUUUUAUAUAUAUAUAUAAAUAUAUAUUAUAUAUAUGGGGGUGUAUAUAUAUAUAUUUUUUAAUAACAUUUUCAAAAAUAUGUAUUUUUUUUUCUUAUUUUUUUUUUUCAGCGCCUUAAUUGUAGCUGAUAUUAAGCAAAUAUUAAGAUAUUAAGCGAAUUUUUAAGUUAGAAUCUAUAUUAAUUAGAUAAUAAAU